AUGCAAGAGCAGCAAUACCAACCACCACAUUCCAUUGAUGCAAUCAAGAACAUGUGGAGAGUCCAAGAAGAGAAGAUGAUUGGGCACUUUGAGUACUCAAUAACCAAGGAGUUCCUCUCCACAGUAGCUCUUGCCUUUCCCAACCACAAUGGAGACCAACCAGCUGGUGAUGGACUCCUACUCUUCAAGAUAGGCGAUGCCAAUGGGCGCAUCUCCAUCUCAGCUCUAUGCCAACUCUUUGGACUUCCCAAUGAGACAGCACAUGACUUCAAGGAGAACUCAAAGAGGAAACAAGCUGCCUUUGCUGAUUGGACACACUUUGCCAAUGAACCAUUCUUGCCUUCAAGAUCAAAGGUGUCUAGAAUCACUCAUCCAGCCAUUCGCUAUGUGCACCGCCUCAUCUCCACCACUUUCCAAUGCAAACAAGAAGCCAACAAGACAUUCAUCAAUGUGAGGAAGCUAGCUCAAGACUUGGAAGGCAACAAGAAGCUUUGUGUUCGUUUUGGGAGGCUUAUCACGGCCAUAGUGCAACAUGUGGGGAUUGACAUUCCCAACUAUGAGCCACUACCCAAGCCAACCCCUUUGGAUCUCCAUGCCCUUCAGCACAUCCACUUCCUAAACCGUUGGACUAAAGACCCAACUCGGUUUUGCUAUGAGUUUCCAAUUGGUCCAGCCAACACUUCCCUUGUCUUGCUGCCACAUGAAGACAUCCCAAGCCUACGCUCAGGUGUUGUCACUUUCCAGCCCAAUGAGGAAGACUUCUAUGUUCCAUCAAGUGAGAAACCAUCAUUCCCCAUGCUCACCUAUCGCACACUUCAGCAUGCAGUCAAGACUCAACGCCGCCACCAAGAACGCCAUGUUCUCACUACUGGCAUGGCCGCGAACCAAGCUCUAGACCGUGUUAACAAGCUGGAGAAGAUCGUGGAGUGCCAAUCUCGCUUCAUCUCACGCCUAGUUCGUGUAGUUCGCCACAUUGCACCGGAGAGACUCUUUCGCCCUUCUUCCACCGCUAGAGAGCCAUAUGAGCCUGACCUUGGUGAGUUCUCACUAGACUCAGAGCUUGGUUCAGAAGGCGAUGACCCCAUAGAUGAGGAAGAGAGUUCUUCUCACUGCCACACAUAG